CGACCUCGAGACGAAACAGCAAAUUCUAUUUUUCACACAAGAUAAAAUAAAUUUAAAAAAAAUUCAAACAUCAAAAAUUAAAAUAUCCAACAGCAAAAAUAUAUUCAAAAAAUGAAAUACUCUCCCCGGAAAUUCUACAUCAAAUCAGCUGAUUGCGUUAUCCAAAUCGUGAAGGUUAAUUUUUAAAAGGGGAUAAAAUUUUUUUUAACUGUAACUUAGAAAUACAAAUAAAAUGUUGUGAUCGAAUUGGACAAUUUGUCGAAAGUAGUUUUUACAAUUUAGUCAACGAUGAACGAUAUCAAAAUGCAAGACGAUAUUAACAACAUCCCUCUCGCCGAUGACGACCCCCAAGUGAUUAUCCAAGAUGAGGGUGACGUAACCGAGAUGUCGCAGGCUUCAGACCCGAUGGUGCAUGGCCGUAGCAUGGAUUCAAUCCCUUCAACUUUUACAAAUGGAAGCAGUAGCCCUGGACCUAAUAGCCUAGAUCCUGACAUAAGCCCAGAUGAGCAAGAAGAGAAGGCAAGGCUGAUUUCACAAGUCCUUGAGCUUCAAAACACUUUAGACGAUUUAUCUCAAAGAGUCGACAGUGUCAAGGAGGAGAAUUUAAAGCUAAGGUCGGAGAAUCAGGUCUUGGGGCAGUAUAUUCAAAAUCUGAUGUCAGCUUCUAGUGUUUUCCAGUCAACUUCACCAAAGAUGAAAAAUAAGUGAUCGCUUUGAA